CAUAGACGAACAUCCGUCCGGCUGUAGUUAAAGGAGCCUUGUUUUGAAAACGGAGCCACUUAGCUGGUCAAUCCCGUAAUGGCAAACCAGACCGACCGCGCUGUUUCUUCCCGGGUGGAGAGAAAAGCUUUACAAAAGGCCAAGAUAUUGCAACGAGAAAACGAGAAGGAGAUAAUUAGUCUGGUUAGGCGCAUCCUGAAAAAACCUGAGGCUGAGAGGUCGAAGGAGGACACUUCUGUGCUUGUGCUGCACAAAGACACGGUGGAGGAGCUGUGCAAGAGAAAGAUCCGCAGAAUUGAACUCAAGAGGAAGCAAGAGGAAUUGUUUGAUACUGCUGAUGACCUGAAAAGUAAAGUAUGGCGCCUGGCAGCGGCAGUCAAACAAGCAAAACACUUGGUGGUUUACACUGGAGCUGGAAUAAGUACUGCAGCAUCCAUCCCUGACUACCGAGGGCCCAACGGUGUUUGGACACAACUGCAGAAGGGCCGCGCCGUCAGCUCGUCUGACCUGAGCAAAGCAGAGCCGACACUCACACACAUGUGCAUUAAAAUGCUUUAUAAGGAAAUGCUGGUGAAGCAUGUGGUGUCUCAAAACUGUGAUGGACUUCAUCUACGUAGUGGUCUUCCCAGGCACGCCCUGUCUGAACUUCAUGGAAACAUGUUUAUUGAGGUGUGUACUUGCUGUUCUCCAGUCAGGGAAUACGUGCGUUUAUUCGAUGUGACGGAGCGAACAUCCCUCCACCGGCAUUCCACGGGCCGCAGGUGCUGCCACUGUGGCAGUGAACUCAGGGACACAAUCGUGCACUUUGGGGAACGAGGAACCCUGGAGCAACCUCUCAACUGGAAGGGCGCUUUAGAGGCGGCUAAGAUGGCUGACGUUAUCCUUUGCUUGGGUUCCAGUUUGAAGGUGCUGAAGAAAUACGCAUGUCUGUGGUGCAUGAACAAACCAGCGAGCAAAAGGCCCAAAUUGUACAUCAUUAACCUCCAGUGGACACCAAAAGAUGACUUGGCUGUCCUAAAAAUCAAUGCCAAGUGUGAUGAUGUCAUGAGACUUCUUAUGGAAGAGCUUCAUCUCCAAAUUCCUGUGUAUGACAGGGAAGAGGAUCCCAUCUUCAACCUUGCUGCACCUCUGCGGCCUGACGAUGAGGACAGCCACACGCGUGCGGUCAUUGCUCGCCACGCAGGUUCACCAAAGGAGUCGUCCUUUGGUGAACCUGGAGGGGCCGCAGAAGCCACGGCGGUGCAAGGUGGUUGGUUUGGAAGAGGCUAUGGCAAAGGGAGGAAGAAGAAAAAAACAGCCUAAAGGUGAAUGAUGGACAAGAACAUUGCAGCGUACCAGUGAUGGAUCAGCUGGAUUCAUCGUUCGGUGGACAAGUUGGGAUUGAGGUGCUGAUUAUUUUCAUUUUUUAUUUUUUUUAAAAACUUUUUUCCUUCAUUACUGAUUUGUAAUGUGUAAAGGACUAUCAUAGGAUUUGAUAUUGAACGUUGUAUCAGUGGCUUGAUAUAUCACCAGUUAUUUAUUAAUGAGAAAAAACUAUUGGAUAAUGGCUUUGUGAGCACGGUUUAUUUUUUGAUCACCUUUGGAUCAAAGGAUGGGCUAACUAUUGUGCGUCAAAAGCUAUUUUCAACAUGUUUACAUUAAAAGGUUGCUGAGGUGUAAGGGUGCUCCCCUGGGAUCUCUCGUGGCACUGGGUGUCAUGUGGAACCGCAAACUCCUUGUUCAAAGUAUUUUGAGGACUCUUCCCUGUGCCGCCAUUAGGUGUGGCAUAGUGUGGUAUUGUAUUAUUGCACGUAUACGUGGGUGUGUGUAUGGUUGUUUGUACUUAUAAAUCGGCAGAUUAAUUUUCCACAACCACUCAACAAGUCUAUGAGUAAGUCGGUGCAAAGUCAACUUUUACUUGAAAUUGAACUUUAGAGUAUUAGUAUUGCAUGAAACGGCAAUUUCACUGAGCAUCAUUCAUAGACAUUCGCAGACAUAGUGGUUCUUUGUGCUCGUUAAGACAUGUUGCUUCCAAGUGGUAAAUUACAGCAACAAGCUUUGGCAGCUAGACCGAUGACAGUUUUUCGACAGAUGUCUUGGGUAA